ACCAGUUCGCGGAUCGAACCACCAACAAGAACAACAAGAGGAGACGCGACCGCCCAUCGUUAUAUUACGGCCCCCAGUUAGGGAGAAAUUUGCAAACAUUUUUUACCGGAAGAGAAAAAAGAAAUCAAAUCAAAAGAAAAUGAACUUAAAUCUGUGCGCCAUAGCGCUGCUGCUGUUUGGCAGCCUUUCGGGCGCCCAGAGUCGCGCCGUGGACAUCGUGGACGACAGCAACGAUGUGGACAACUCCAUUGAGCCGGAGGAGGAGGCGGCCUCGCCCCAAUCGAAGCACAGUCGUGUCCGCGCCUUUGAGGAGGAUUGGCUGAAAUUCACCAAGACGCCGCCCACCAAAAUCCAACAGACACCCGGCGCCACCUUGGAGAUUGCCUGCGAAAUGAUGGGCUCCCAGGUGCCGAGCAUCCAGUGGGUCGUCGGCCGUAUGCCGCUCUCGGAGAUCGAUAAUCUGGCGCCCAACACCUUCUCGGAGGAUGCGCCGUCGGCAAUUGUGCGCGUCCGAUCCGUGCACAUUGUCGAUCAUAUGCUGAGCGGACCGCGCACCUAUACCUGCAUUGGACGCACCGGCUCGAAGACGAUCUAUGCCAGCACUCAGGUAUAUCCGGCGCACACCGACCAGGAGCUGGGCGGUCUGAUUGUGCCCGAGAAACAGUAUCCGGGUCCACAGAAGCCGCGCAUCAUUUACACCGAGAAGACGCAUCUCGAUCUGAUGGGCUCCACCAUAAUGCUGCCCUGCAAGGUGCACGCCAAUCCCCAUGCCAAGAUCACCUGGAGGAACAACGAGGACAAGGACAUCGUGCAGAGCCAUCGCUUCAAGGUGCUGCCCACCGGCGAUCUCCUCAUCUCCGAUCUCAAAUGGGAGGACAUGGGCAACUACAAGUGUAUAGCGCACAAUGCCGUUGGCCGCGACUCGGCCGAUACCUUCGUUUACCCCGUACUUAAGGAUCAAGACUAAAGAUUCCACACACAAGGCUAUUGGAUUGACGAAACCACAUUUUUAGUUAGUUAGAUAGAUCAAAUGCCUUUGAAGAUGCGUGAAAAAAAAACAAAGAAAGAAACAAAACAAAUCCACAAAAUCAAAAAAAAAACAA